GAAAACUUCCCUGCUAGAAGCAGGCCAAAGUGGCUGAUCGCUUUUAAACUUAAAGUUUUCAGGGUUAUUUAGGGCUUGCUGGCGCUGGCUCUUGCGCGCACCACCUUUGAUUUCCUGUGUCAGCAGGCCAAUGUUGUGUGCUUGAAGGAGGGUGGCUACGUAAAUGGGUGCGAUGGCGGCAGUACGCCCUAAGGCGGCCUCCAUGCUGAAAUGGUCGUCGUGUCGUGAUGCGGUCAUAGGGAUCAAUCGUACCACAGCAGCAUCAGCAUUUGCUGGUAGCAAGGAGGGUCCUUCCUCAUCUUGCUGCCAGCCUGAAGUGUCGACGUCGUAUUCUGAAGGACACCUAUGGUCGAGAGAAGCCCCUGCCUCAGAACGUCCAAGUGCAAAGUCGGUCGCAACAUCUCCUGCGGUGUUCCGGACAGAGCUCCUACCCAGAGGUCUAGUAUUUCACAAGCUGGCGGGGCAUAGGGUUUCGAGCCUGCUGCGGAUAUAUCCUGUUGGGGCGGUCGCUUGCGAGCGGGGAUUCUUUACAACAUCUUGCUCCCAGGAUGGGGUGUCCGGAGGAGGUGAGGCCUCCGCUGUCGCAGUCACCUCAUCCGCUCCCCCAGCUCCAAUAAUUGCAGAAGCCUCUACCUCAGACGAAAGCUUGGGCACGGACAUGACCCCCCGCCAAGUGGUCGAUGCGCUAGACCGUUUCAUCGUGGGGCAAGCGGACGCGAAGCGGGCGGUCGCGGUGGCGCUUCGGAACCGGUGGCGGCGGCACAAGAUCCCGAGCCCCAUGAAGGAGGAGAUUGUGCCGAAGAACAUUCUCAUGAUCGGGCCGACGGGGUGCGGGAAGACGGAGAUCGCGCGGCGGCUGGCAAAACUGGCGGACGCGCCGUUUGUGAAGGUAGAGGCGACGAAGUUCACGGAGGUUGGUUUCCAUGGGCGGGACGUCGAUCAGAUCAUCCGGGACUUGGUAGAGGCGGCAAUCACGCUGCAGAAGCAAAAGGUACGGCAACGGAUUCUGUCGGAGGUAGAGGCGGGCGUGGAGGAGAAGCUGCUUGACCUGUUAGUGGGCGAGAAGGUCGGGGACGCGGCAGACGAUCGGCGAACGCGGGACACGAUACGGGCCUUGUUGCGGGCAGGGAAGAUGGAAAACAAGACCGUGGACAUCAACCUUCCCGCAGGGGGGAUGCGGAUGGCUCUGGACAAUGCUGGGGCCGGGGGCCUCCAGCCAAUCAUGCUGCACGAUUUAAUAGUCAGGGUGGACAAGAUGUUCAAGUCGAACAAGGAGAAGCAGCGCAUGACGGUGGCCGACGCGCGGACCGCCCUCCAGGAGGUGGAACUAGAGAAGCACCUAAAUUCGGACCAGAUCACGAAGGACGCGGUCCAAUCCGCGGAGGCGGACGGCAUCGUGUUCAUUGACGAGAUCGACAAGAUCGUGAUCAGCAGUGACACGAGAUACGGGGCGGAUGCGAGUUCGGAGGGGGUGCAACGGGACUUGUUGCCAAUUAUCGAGGGCAGCGUGGUGGCGACCAAGUACGGGAACGUGAGCACGGACCACAUUCUGUUUGUGUGUAGCGGCGCGUUCCACUCGUGCAAGCCGAGCGACAUGCUGGCGGAGCUACAAGGCAGGCUACCAAUCCGAGUCGAGCUCAAGGGUCUCACGCGAGAUGACCUGUACCGCAUCCUGACGGAACCAGAAGCGAACAUGGUGAAGCAGCAGCAAAUGCUCAUGGCCACGGAAGACAUCACGCUGACGUUUUCGGAGGACGCCAUCGACGAGAUCGCGACCGUCGCGGCGGAGGUCAACAAAUCGCUCGACAACAUUGGCGCGCGGCGGCUGCACACGAUCAUCGAACGAGUAGUGGAAGACAUUAGCUUCAACGCACCCGACAGGGCGGGUCAAGAGUGGGUCAUCACGAGAGAGGACGUCCAAAAAACCGUCGGCGACUUGUUGCACAAAGCGGACUUCUCCAAAUUCGUCCUAUAAGCACGCUCAGUCUCAUGCAGGCAUCGGCCCUGAUAAAGCAAGGGUCUAAAUCUAUUUCCCUGCGUACACUUUUCAACAAUGAACUCAGUUCCUGCUGGCGAAACCAGGCUGCUGG